AUGGGCAGGCGGAUUGGCAGCACGGCAGACCUCAGGGCACCACUGCGACGCCGCCGGGCCCUUCCACCUUUCCUAUACGUGGAGGCCAUCAGCCCCUUUCUGCGAUUCGAUGGGCUUCUGCCCAACAUGCUGUAUGCCUUCGGUGGGCGUAAUCAAGAAGAUGGCCCGUUGAACACUGUCGAGAUCUUCAACACCUGGCACGGCUGCUGGGUGCCCGGACCACCGAUGCCCAAACGUCGCGCCGGCAGUGCUGCUGCACUUCUUGAUGAUGGACGCAUGAUGAUCAUUGGCGGGUACGACGAGCGUGGCAUUGCAGAAGGUCUCCUAGCAAGUUGUGACAUCUUUGAUCCAGUGGCCGGUGCUUGGAGAAAGGAUGGUGCAGCACCGCUUGCCCGGGCUCGUUGGGGCCACGGCUGUGCUUCAUUGCAGGGAAAGGUCUACGUUGUAGGUGGAUGUUCGCUGCAGCUGGAUGCACCCUUGCAGGAGUCUUUCAUGGAGACCUUGCGACAGUGCGAGAUCUACCUUCCGACAGAAAAUCGGUGGAUCCCUGCAGCUCCCCUCCAGAUCGCCAGAUCAGGAACGCGGGUCGUCGCUUUAGGCUCCAGGGUUCUGACAGCCAUCGGCGGCUGCGACGAUGUGUUCGGUCGCGCAGAGACCCAGCCAACGGUAGAGCUCUACGACGUGGAGAACCAGCACUGGUCAGUUCUGCAACAUCGGCUGUCCUAUCCCAGGCGGAUUAGUUUUUUCCAUCUCUCCCUCAGGGCUGUUGCUGCUUCUUUGUGGUCUAGCUGA